CAUAAUUACUUAGCACGCGCCGUGGAGUGUCUGGCUCCGAACAUACCACUGUCCCAAUUCCUCAAUUCUCUAGAUCGCCAAAUUCCGUGAUCUCCCCCAAUUCUGGUCUUAGGCCGGAAGCUUCCUUAAGCUCCUCCCCGUUUAGUCGCGUCUAUUUGAUCAUAUACACCUGAUCAUCCACACUACGCAUCGUUUUAGUAUACUAUGGACGGAAAGCCUCACCGUUUCGGUUACGCGGUGAUUCCUCGAGGCGUCGAGAACCAGCCUCUUGGAAACAAGGCGGUCCACCAUCGCCACAAGUCUACUAGCAACAUUAACAUCAUGACUUCCAUCAACACCUCUUCGAAGCCUUCCUUGAACUCUCACGUUGCUGGAGUUCUUAACCGCGGCAAACCUGCUGCCUCCAACGACGGAGCCAUGUCUAACGCUAAGAGCCACUCCAAGGGAGUUGUUGCGAUGGCACAAGAGAACCGAAACCACAUUGGUGCCAAGGAUGCGUUCUUGCAACCGGCACAGCGACCUCCCAAGUCUCUCCAAUCGUCCACGUCGAUGACCCACCUUCGACCCACGACCAAUGAACCUCACCCUAUCUCGAAGCCUAUCACCUUCGGCAAGCGAGGUCGUCCCAUUGCUAUCUACAAUGACAGCCAGAUCGAAGCCGAGGAGGAGAAGCAGAAGACUCGACAGUCUAAUGCGAGCGAUGCAAGCUACGCACCUACAAGCUUCAAGGUUGAUAUUCGACUGCAGGGCGAGGGCCAUCUAGAAGGUCGCUUGGACGAAUUCCACAUGGCAGAGAGCCCCAAGCUCUCAAGAGAGGAUGAUCAUUAUUCUACUCGCCCAGUUGAGGAAGACGUUACAGAAGCCAUCUACUUAGAUGCUGUCGAAGAGCUGUCCAAUGAAGCAUCCCCUGCUUCUGUGUCUGAUUAUCCGAAGGAAUUGUCCGAUGGCUGGCAAUCUCCAAAGCUUGACGACUACAUGAGAGAGCCUGAUGUCGCUGUGCAUGACGAUCAAGAUGAUCACCACGGCAUUCCUGACUACGAGGAGGUUCCGACUGAUGCACGAGCACUCAAGCCCUUGCCUAUUCCCACUGAUGACCAUGUCGAGUUCUCAGACUACGAGGACGGCGACUACUCCGAUGACCAGGGCUAUACAGCUCAGCACUCACCCGGAGCAACUACUGGUUUCGUGACCAUGGUCGUAGUCCCUCCCAAGUUGACUAAGAAGGGCGUGGCAGAGAUCGAAGCUGCCAAGGAGCUUGUAGAGUGUAAAUAUCAAGAUGAGCCCCAAGAAGAGACAUGGGAUAUCGGUAUGGUGGCCGAGUACAGCGAGGAGAUCUUUGAUUACAUGCGAGAGAUGGAGAUCGAGCUACUGCCAAAGGCUCACUACAUGGAUAUUCAGAACGAGAUCCAGUGGUCGAUGCGAGCUGUCCUCAUCGAUUGGCUAGCUCAAGUCCACCUUCGAUUUGGCCUUCUCCCAGAGACAUUGUAUCUGGCCGUGAACGUGGUCGAUCGAUUCCUUUCGGUUAAGGUUGUCUCCAUGUCGAAGCUGCAACUCGUCGGUGCUACUGCCCUAAUGAUCGCAGCAAAGUACGAAGAGAUUAACUGCCCCUCUCUUGCCGAGAUGGUCUUCAUGGUGGAUGGCGGUUAUGCCCCAGAAGAGAUUCUGAAGGCGGAACGCUUCAUGCUAAGCCAGCUCGAAUUCACUCUCGGUUACCCGGGCCCGAUGAGUUUUAUGCGACGAAUCAGCAAGGCUGAUGACUAUGACUCUGAGAUUCGAACGGUGGCCAAGUACUUCUCCGAGGUCACUCUCAUGGAUGAGCGGUUUGUUUCCACUCCUCCUAGUUAUGUGGCCGCCGGUUCUCAGUGUCUAGCGCGCAUGAUGUUGAACAAGGGAGACUGGACUCCCGAACAUGUUCACUAUUCCGGCUACACAUUCUCCCAGUUGAAGCCGCUCAUGGCAACUAUCAUGGAGUGUUGCUACAACGGUAUCCGUCAUCACAACGCGAUCUACAAGAAGUACUCUGGUCGACAGUUCAAGAGCGUGUCUGUCUUCGUUGCCAACAUGGUCGAGAAGGGAUACGAGCUUCCUUUCCAGAAUUGCGCUCAUCCUCUCCAGAAGACCGACAUCGAUGAUGACAUCUGGGGUCUGACGAUGCCUCUACCCCCCUUUCCUUCCGUUCGUUGAAUCAGUCACAGCUCGAGGAGCACGUGCUGCCCAAUACUUGACAGCUGCAAACACGUGUAUACCAAUAAGGUGACGAUCGCACAUCAUUCAACGACAUAUUCUUGCAUUAACUCUACAUCUAUCCAUGUAGAGGAGGCCCGGUUCUCAUUUACAAUUCGGGCGAAUUCAUUACCAACUUUAAUACUGGCAUCGAU